GUUCUUAUUGGACUGCUGGUGAGUGGUUCAGUCUCCAGAAGCAUCUUGUGUCGGUUACAGCAGUCGAAAACCAGCAAAAAAUUGAACGUCGUUUCUCACAAUGUCGAAAAAAGUGAAAAACGCAAUCAAAAUCAAUCAAGUGACCCAGUGAUUGUCUAUUUUUUCGCUUUGAUCCGACAACGCAAGGAUACUUGAUUUUUGGGGGGAGGAGAGAAACCACGCCUUUUCGAAUUUUUCGGAUGUUUCGUUGACUUUCCACGAAUGGACAAGGUGUUAGCUCAAGCCUCUUCUCCGGCCCUUUGACCAUCUGGCAUGUCCCUCCAUUCUUACCUCCGGCAUCGACCUCCAGGCCGCAAAAAGUAAAAUGUACAGCAACCGCAAAGCUUUCGCCGUUAAAUGCACACUGGGCAUCAUCGCCAUCUACUUCUUCGUCCAUGUGUUGACCACCAGUAGGGCCACGGAGGCCAUCCGCGAGUUGCAACAGUCGGGGCGUAAUCUCGCAGCCCUCGAGCCCAUGGACCCGCUUGAUGAAGCCACCAAGGCACCUUCCACUACACCUCAGAGCGUCGUCAACGUGUUUGAAAGGGUGAAGGAGAUCACCAGGUGUCUGGACCGGCCUAUGGCCCCCAGGGUGCAGCAAAGGGGCGACUAUUGGGUGCUCUACAACUACGUCAUGGCUGAAAAAAAGUUUAAAUGUCAAGAGAGUGUGACGUAUACGACGCAUGCCGAUUAUUCCUUCAUGGACAAUCUGUUGCCUUUGCUGGACAGGUGGAGGGGGCCCGUGAGUCUGGCCCUGCAUGCGCCAGGGACGGAUUUUAAAAACACGUUAGAGUCCAUCGCCUAUUUGAGGGACUGUACGGAGGGGCUGGUCCGGGAGUUGGUCACGUUUCAUGUGUAUUUUAGCACGAAACAUGUACCGAAAGAAGUUCCUCGCCACAACCACGUCUUCACCGAGCUUUACAACUGCUCCCUUCCUCCACCUUUUCUUAACGUUUCUUCGAGUCAAAUGUACAAAAACCAGAAGAAGCUUCUGUAUCCGGUCAAUGUGGGUCGAAACGUUGCACGCGAAACGGCCCAAACUCACUACAUUCUUCCAUCAGACAUCGAACUCUAUCCCAGUCCUAAUAUCAUUCCGCAAUUUCUUGCAAUGAUUGCCGAAAAUCGCGGUCCUUUGCUCAGUAAAAAUCCCAAAGUGUUUCCUCUUCAUUUGUUCGAAGUGAGUGCCAAUCAGCAAGUACCCGAAAGCAAGACAAAGUUGAUUGAAAUGUUGAAUAAUGGUACUGCCGUAUCGUUUCAUAAAAAACUUUGUCCCGGUUGUCAUAAUAUACCAAAAGCGAAAGAGUGGCAAAUGGCGAAAGAAACCGAUGACCUGAAGGUGUUUCACGUUGGGAAACGAAACGGAAGGUAUAUACAUUGGGAGCCGAUCUUUAUAGGCACGCAUGCCGAUCCUUUAUACGACGAAAGGUUGAGUUGGGAGGGAAAAAGCGAUAAGAUGACUCAGGGAUACGCUCUGUGCGUGUUGGAUUACGACUUUCUCAUCCUCAACAACGCCUUUCUCGUCCACCGACCGGGCAUAAAAGUCUACAAAAAAGACCAAAAGCGUGCAAUGUUGGCCGCAAAAACCAAUCAACUCAUCAAAAAGAUAAUUUUUCCAGAACUGAAAGUGUUGUAUGGGGUGAAAAAAGGCUGUGCUGUGUAA